AUGUCGUCACGCAAGGAAAAGUCCAGCACCGGCUCCAACAAGAAGGAGUCCUCAGGACGCACCGGCGCCCGCCGACUGCUCAAGGAGCUCGAGACGUGGCGCGCCGAGCAGCCCUCCGAGCUCGGCAUCGAGCGCCUCGGCCCGGUCAGCGACGAGAACCUGAUGCGCUGGGAGGCCGUCAUCAACGGCCGGGGUGUCGGCCACGGCUACGACGGUGCGUUUUCCCCCCGUCCUCCGUCUCUUACCCCCAAACUAACCAACGACACUAGGCGGCCGCUGGCUCCUCUCCAUCGACAUCCCCGACGAGUACCCGCUGAAGCCGCCGCGGAUGCGCUUCGCGACGCAGGUGGUGCACCCGAACGUGGCGCUGCGCGACGGCGAGAUCUGCCUGGACCUGCUCAAGGAGGCGUGGACGCCGACGUACAGCGUGCUGGAGUGCGUGCGGGCGGUGCGCAUGCUGCUGAGCUGCCCGGAGACGGACUCGCCGCUCAACGUGGACGUGGCGGCGCUGCUGCGUGGUGGUGA